UCCGUUCGUGUCAAGGGCACCGGUAGGGAUCUUUCGUUAGCUUAACUUUCAGUGCCUGCAUUGCACGUGCGUUUUCCGGCGGCCGUUUCACAACUAAAAUAUUACACGACUCUCUUUUCCAGCAAUGGACAGCUUCGGUUCAGACUUUUCAGCCGGUGGGGCAGGCGGUAAAAUGGACACCGACACGAUUAUGGAACAGGUUAAAGUUCAAAUCGCGGUGGCGAACGCACAGGAGCUGCUGCAGAGAAUGACAGACAAAUGCUUCAAAAAAUGUAUAGGGAAACCUGGAAGCACAUUGGACAACUCAGAGCAGAAAUGCAUCGCCAUGUGCAUGGACCGGUAUAUGGAUGCGUGGAAUACUGUUUCCCGAACGUAUAAUUCCAGAUUACAGAAGGAAAGGGCUCGCAUGUGAAUGUGCAUCCCUCACUACUCCUCCUUUUUUUCUUUCGUCCCUUAUUUGACCAAUGCUUACUUAUGGAAGUCUGAGGUCACAUGAUGUUCUCAGGUUCCUCACGGAUGCUGCGCAGCCACGACUUUUUUUUCCCUCCCCGCAAUACCUCAAGCAGGCUGGCACAGCCUGUGGACUGCAGCCGUAACAGUGUGGACAACAUUCAAUUCAGUAACAACAAUUAUUAUUUUUUUUAUUUAAUGCAAUGAUCAACUGGUAUUGUGCCAAAAAAAAGAAGUGUUGCCCUGGCCCUUUAUGUGUCCCAAUAUCUAGAAGGUUUGUGUGAGGGGUAGGUAGCAACGAUUGACACGAAAUAUUGUUUAGCGCAACCAUAUAUUGAUGUUGACAUCCACUAACAAUCAAACUAAUCGUCACUGCAUUCAUGAGUUAUGUAUAUAAACAAAUGUUGGUUUCUUCAAAUAAAUAGGAAUUAUAUCAGAAGACAAA